AUGGCUCCGUGGCAGACUGGUGGUUGUUGGCCGUGGGCGGGACCAGAAGGUAUCUGCAGCUCUCUGCCUGUCAGGUGCAGUCGAAGCCGCCGGGCGUCCCGGUCUGCUGCUACAGGAGCUACACCGCCCCGAAGCCGCAAGAUCCGAAGAGAUCCAGAAUUUUUCGAUGGCAAGUGCUGCUGGUCCAGAACCCUGCCAGUUGGAUUGAGGACCCACUCGCCACAGAGCAAAGAUCGCGACAACGCCGAAGUCUUAUCGACGCCAAGGCUUCCGGAUCUCCAGGAGCUGCCAAAGCUGCAGGCACACGUUUCUCUGUUUGGUUUUGUUGUUUGGGCAUGGGCGGCGCUCGGUUUGCUGCCCUUCGAGCAGCUGUGCACGGAUGAGACAGGCUUGCUCUUACCGCUAGCGCGCGAGGCGUUGUUCGACGACUUGGACGGUGACGAGGCCUACGGGCCAACCUCUGGAGCGCCCGGAGGUGCGACCAUGCUGGAUGCAGACAGCUCCAUCGACGAUUUCUUCGAUGAGAACCUGCGGACUGUGAACAUCGCAGAGCUGCGGGAAGCAGACUCCGCUGGCCACCCUGCAGUCCGCGUGCUGCGGCAGGCCUGCUGUGAGACGGGCUUCUUCCUCGUGAAAAGCCACGGGCUUUCUCAAGAUGUCCUCGAUGAGAUGUUUGACAUGGCCAAGGACUUUUUUCAGCUUCCGCUCGACGCGAAGCUCAAGCACAGCAGCUCCGAGACGAGCGGCUGGCGGGGCUACAACCCCUAUGGCAGCGGACAGAACUGCUCACUGAGCACCAAGCGUCCGGAGAGAAAAGAAACAUUCUAUUGCGGCGAGCCUCCAGGUGCUGCUGAAGGCAUACCUGAACCGCUGCCUGCUUUCUACGACAAGCUUCGACGUUUCCAUUCCUCCCUGCUGCAGCUGUCACGCGAGCUGCUCAGGGGCUUGAGCUUGGCGCUUGGGCUGCCGGCUGACCACUUCGAGCUCUGUGCAUUUCAGAAGCCCAUUGCGAAGGUGCUCCUCGCUUACUAUCCGCCUGCUGGAGAUGGAGACUCGUCUUGCGGUGCACACACCGACUGUGGGUUCUUGACUUUGGUUUGCCAAGACUCGGCGGAAGCCCAAGGUCUGCAGGUACAAAAGCCGGAUGGUUCCUGGCUUUCUGUGAAGACUGACCGGUACACCCCUGUGGCAAAUCUCGGCGAUCUAGCACAGAGAUGGACCAAUGAUGUGUUUCGAAGCUCUAUACAUCGCGUUCUGAAUGCUUCCACGGCCCCGCGCUGGAGUGUCAUCUUCUUCAACAAUAUGGAUGAGGAAGCAGAGGUGGAAUGUUUGGCCACCUGCGUGGACAGCGAGCGUCCCCGCAAGCAACUAGGAUGA